CCAUGUUACGGGAGACCCACCUUCUCCAUGUUGUGGAAGAAGAAUCGAUAUAAUUUUAACGGGUUCUACCUAAACAGCUGAAAACAGGGGAUCUAACUAUUUAAAUCGCGCACCCCUUAAGGAACAGAUAUCGACCAUUGUGAAUUCCGAGGCACAAUAGAUAGCAGUGCUGAAAAAGAGCGAUGUCAGGAGAUAGCGUAGCGGAGGAAUGGAGAGCAAUCCACGGCAGCGGCAACUGGGAGGGAAUGCUGGAACCCCUUCAUCUUGGCCUCCGAAAUUCCCUUCUCCGAUACGGCGAUCUCAUUCAGGCCACAUACGACGCCUUCAUUAGCGAUCCACAUUCCAAAUACUGCGGAAGCAGCAGAUACGGCAAGAAAGACUUCUUUCACAAGGUUGCGCUGUCCGCACCAGGGGACUACGAAGUCACCCGUUUCCUCUACGCCACUGCCAGCGUGGACCUCCCGGGGGCAUCCCUUGUAAAGUCUCUGUCCAGAGAAGCCUGGAGCAAAGAGUCCAACUGGAUCGGCUACGUGGCAGUGGCCACGGACCAGGGAAAGCAACGGUUGGGAAGACGAGACAUCGUGGUCGCCUGGAGAGGCACCAUUCGUGACUUUGAGUGGAUCGAUGUCUCUAACCCGAGUCACCAGUCCAUCGUCCCUCUUUUAACUAAAUCUCAAACCCCGGGUGAAGUUCGGGGCCGGCACUGGUAUAACCUCGGCAAUUCCAACGACGAAGACGAAAAGGGAACAGAUCCCAAGGUAAUGAACGGCUGGUAUGUAAUCUACACUUCCAGUGACCCAAAAUCCCCCUUUGUGAAAAGCAACGCUAGGGACCAAGUUCUAGGGGAGAUAAGGCGGCUGUUGGAGGUUUACAAGGAUGAGGAAGUGAGCAUCACAACUGUCGGUCACAGCUUGGGGGCGGCCUUGGCGGUGCUCAGCGCAUUCGACAUGGUAGAGAACGUGGUCGCGGAGGUGAGACCGGACGUACCGGUGACUUCCUUCGUGGUGGGGUGCCCUGGUGUGGGUAACGCGGAGUUCAAGCGGCGCUUCGAUGCGUUGCCGCAGCUGCGGUGUCUGCAUGUGGUGAAUGUCAUUGAUUUGAUUCCGCGCUAUCCGGGCAGACUACUUCAUUACGCGGAUAUUGGGAGCAGGCUGGAGAUCGAUACGCGGAAGUCCCCUUUUCUGAAGGAGUCGAAGAACCCGAGUGACUGGCACAACUUGCAGGCGCAGCUGCAUAUUGUGGGCGGGUGGCAGGGUAAGGAGGCGGCUUUCGAGCUUGCGGUGGAGCGGGGGGUGUCGCUGGUGAAUAAGUCGUGUGAUUUUCUGAAGGAGGAGUGUCUGGUUCCGGGGUCGUGGUGGGUGGAGAAGAACAGGGGGAUGGUACUGGACGACAAGGGUGCGUGGGUUUUGGCCGACCUCAAUGAUGAUGACGUCCCCAAGCCAGAGGAAUAGGUAUUAUUGUCUGUCGCCACUAGUGUUGGUCGUUAGCCUUUUUCGCCGCUUUGUACUGCUACUGUCACACUUAAGAGCAUUGCAAUAAUUUUAUGAUUGAGGAAGAUUUGAAUCCCAAA